GCAAGGAGGAAGAAAGAAAGGAAAGAGUGAACAUACCGAAGGAAGGAAGGAAGGAAAAAUGGAGCCUGUCUCUGCCUGUUAUCUGCUCAGCGGCUGUCUUGGUCUCCUCCUCCUGCUGACCGUAGUAGGAGCCAAGCAGGUUCCGCCAAAUGACUGUGAGAAGGGCAAGAUUAUCUGUGAUGACCGACCCACCCGCUGCUGUGACCCCCCAGAGCGGCCCUGGCCCCCCUCCCCCCCGCUGCAGGCCCCCCCUCCCCCCGGCACCACCCUGAGACAGCCCCCCCUCCAGCCACCCCCUGUCCAGGCCCCGCCCCCCCUACCCAUCUGGACCAAUUGGUAUUUUUGGGUAAUGGUAGCUGCUGUGGUCGUUCUGUGCGUGGCGGGCUGCGGGUACUGGCGGCGGAGAAAAAUUUACGAGUCCUCGGCAUCUCAAACCCUCGGACACGCCCACCACUACUGCACACCCACGCCCUCCGAUGACACACCCAUGUACGGCCCGCCCCUGCCCUUUCUCCCGCCCACGCCCUACCCCGCGCCUCCACCGUAUAGCGAAGCAGCGAGACCAUCUUUUGACCCACUCGAACAGCAUAUCUACGACGCCAUGAUUGCAGGGAGGAGCCUUUACGAUUACUACGACAGGAGGCACCCCAACGCAUAUUACGACCGAUAUUUCCUCCCCGACGACACAUCCUCCAGCGAGACCACAUCCCUCCUCUCCUACAGACUCCACCGCUCCUGUUCCUCGCACCUCCCGCCCCGCCACCACCACCCGCACCACCACCACCACCACCACCACCACCACUCCAUCAGAAAGUGUGGUGGAGGAGGUGGAGGUGGAGGGGAUAUGUUGGCACCUCCUCCGUAUUCUGAGGUCGCUGCCAAGCCGGAGUUGUACCCAGUGGUGGUGAUGAGGGGAGAGGUGACGGAGGUGAACUCUAUCAAGUCGAUGGGCGACACACCUCCACUGCACCACCACCACCACCAUCACCACCACCCACCCCCCUUCCCCCCCCACCACUGCCACCAUUACCUCUACCGCUCAGACUCCUUGCUGUGGGUGAGGGUUGAGGCUGAGGCAUUCUUCUGGAGGCACACCACUUGCUUUGAAGGAGGAGGGGGAGGCUCCGUCUCCACGCCCGAGGGUUCCCAAAGCUCAAGUUACACAUGUGGCGCCGUCUUGCAGAGUGAGUGUCGCGGGGGUGUCCGAGUGUCCUCCCCCGGCUGUGUCCUCGCCAUGGCCUCACCCGCCUCAUCCGUCGGGCCACACGCAUCCGACGUCUCCAGCCUACCCCCGACCUCCCCCCCGUCCCCCCCCGCACCCACCUCACCCACGCUACCCCCGUCACCCGCCUCCAGGGAACUCCGUGACGUGCUCCAGAAGAUCAGCCAGCUCCCCGGGGCAUCCACACCGCCAUCCACUCACCCGCCAGGCCUCCCCGUCACCCAGUUCAUCCGUUCCCGCACCCGUCGGCCACUCGGCGCCUCGCUCUCCCUCGAAGUGUCCGCUCCGUCCCGCCCUCGCUCCCUUCCGCUAAACUCCUCUCCGCUAUCCUCUCCGCCUUGUCUCCACGAUCCACCGUCUCCGCUGCUAACGACAUCCGCAUCCACGCCUAACCUAGCAUCCGCCUGGCCCUCCCCGCCCUCCCGCACCCACCUCAUGGCCUCCCUGGUGGAUGACGGGUCGCGGGUGGUCAGUCAUGCUGCCCCCGAGCCCCCCGAUCACCCGCUGUUUGGGGAGGAGCGGCGUGAGGUGUGGGAGAGGGAGGUCAGUGAGCAUAGGUACCGGUGGAGGGUCAGGGAUCGCAUAGGGGAGCAUUUAGGAGAGCGGGUGUAAGGGUAGAGUUUUGUGGUUGUUUACCCCUCCCUCGAUCUCUUCACUUUUUUAGUUAAGUUUUACACUCAUUAUUUACUUUGUGUGUUUGUGUGUGUGUGUGUGUGUGUGGGUGAUAUAGACGUACACAUAUAUACACACACACACACACACACAGUCAGUCUCCAGUCAAUCGCUUUCCAGUUAGAUUUCUUUCCCGUUCCUUUCCUCCGCUUGACAGUCCGUUCCUCCGCCAGUCACUCGCCCAGACCGCUUCAACUAGACCCCACUUGGUGCUUCAUAGACCCCUUAGAGCAAGCCUAGACAGAGGUGCGGGAUGGUCAGUUAGCAGGUGAGACAGACCCACAGUUUAUAGACCCCACGAAACCCUGUCGCUUAUUCUCCUCCCUCAGUUCAUGGUAACUCCGAAUUCCGCAUUGGUUCACCUCACACCUCCUAACAGUUUUGGCUAUUGUGAGUGAGUGUGUUGGUUUAGGGUCACAAAAUUGGGUGAGUAAGUAGUUAAAUAGUUCAUCUUCAUCCCUUAAAAAGCCUAACAUUAUACAACAACUGGAAACAUGAUAAAAAGUGCAUUGGUUUGCCUCACACACCCUAACAUUUCUGGCUAUUGUGAGUGAGUGUGUUGGUUUAGGGUCACAAAAUUGGGUGUGCAAGUAGUUAAAUAGUUCAUCUUAAUCCCUUAAAAAGCCUAACACAAUACGACAACUAGGAACAUGAAAAAAAAAGUGAAUUGGUUUGCCUCACACACCCUAACAUUUCUGGCUAUUGUGAGUGAGUGUGUUGGUUUAGGGCCACAAAAUUUGGUGUGCAAGUAGUUAAAUAGUUCAUCUUCAUCCCUUAAAAUGACUAACAUUAUACGACAACUGGAAACAUGAAAAAAAAAGUGAAUUGGUUUGCCUCACACACCCUAACAUUUCUGGCUAUUGUGAGUGAGUGUGUUGGUUUAGGGUCACAAAAUUUGGUGUGUAAGUAGUUAAAUAGUUCAUCUUCAUCCCUUAAAAAGCCUAACAUUAUACGACAACUACAAACAUGAAAAAAAGGUGGUGUUUGGCGAGGUUGUGAGUGGUGUGUGUGUGUUGCGUAGAUCAUUCCCUCGGUUAAAAGUCCUGUAGUGUUACGAAUCCUUACCAGACAGCCGCAACCCAUCGACAACCAAGUGUUACUGUGUUGCGAGUGUUGACGGAACGACUCAACACAUGAAUGCGAAGGAUAAUGACGGAGUGAAGUGUUGCGAUGUGUAAGGGAGAGCGAGCAACACAUUGGAAUAGACUUGUGUUGAAGCUGUUAUGAAAUUUACAAAACCCGCAACACUAGGGAAAGCAAGCGAACAUGUUAUUUGUGUUGCAUCGAUACAAGAAAGCAACACAUGGAAAAGAAGAAGGAUUAGCCGUUUUUUGAGUGUUGCGAAGUGUUGAGGGGACUCGGAACACAUUGAAAGGGAGGAAAAGAAGGCGAUUGAGUUUUCCGAGGUGUUGACAAGAGGGAGACAAACAUAUAGAAGCCGAUAGCAACACAAAGACUGGUUAUUGAGAGCCAGAACACAGUGUUGCGGUUGUGUUGAGAUUGUGUCUGUGAUAAACUGUAUAUACUCUAAGGAAGGAAGGAAAGGAAAGGAAAAGAAGGAAGGAAGAAAGGAAGGAAAGGAAGGAAGGAAGGAAGAAAGGAAGGAAGGAAAGAAAGGAAGGUAUGAAAGAAAGAAGGAAAUAAAAGGAAAGGAAAGGAAAUACAGAAAGAAAUUAGGAAAAAAAUAUGAUAGAGGAAGGAAAGGAAAAAAAGGAAGGA